ACUGAGAAGGGCGGCAAGAAGAGCCGGAGGCUGUUUUCUUCUCUGCGGCCGUGGAAGGCGACCCGGCGUCUGUGGAGGACGCGCUCGGCUCCCAAGGCGGCGCAGGGUGCCUCAUCUCCAGACAUGGAGCCCAGCUACGGGGGAGGUCUCUUUGACAUGGUGAAAGGGGGUGCAGGGCGGCUCUUCAGUAACCUGAAGGACAACCUGAAAGAUACCCUCAAAGACACAUCUUCCAGGGUCAUCCAGUCUGUUACGAGCUACACGAAGGGAGAUUUAGACUUCACUUAUGUUACCUCCAGAAUUAUUGUGAUGUCCUUUCCUCUGGACAAUGUUGACAUAGGAUUCAGGAAUCAGGUUGAUGACAUCCGAAGCUUUUUGGAUUCCAGACAUCUUGACCACUACACGGUGUACAAUCUGUCACCCAAGUCUUAUCGAACUGCCAAGUUUCACAGCAGGGUCUCAGAGUGCAGUUGGCCCAUCAGGCAGGCCCCCAGUCUGCACAACCUUUUUGCUGUGUGUCGGAAUAUGUAUAAUUGGCUACUACAGAAUCCCAAAAACGUCUGUGUUGUCCACUGCUUGGAUGGACGGGCAGCGUCGUCAAUUCUGGUUGGUGCUAUGUUCAUUUUCUGUAAUCUCUACUCCACUCCUGGCCCGGCCGUGCGAUUGUUAUACGCAAAGCGACCCGGAAUCGGACUGUCACCAUCCCACAGGAGAUACCUGGGCUAUAUGUGUGACCUCCUAGCAGACAAACCCUACCGCCCUCACUUCAAGCCUCUCACCAUUAAGUCCAUCACUGUCAGUCCAGUUCCUUUUUUUAACAAACAGAGAAAUGGAUGUCGUCCUUACUGUGAUGUAUUGAUUGGAGAAACCAAAAUAUAUACAACCUGUGCAGAUUUUGAACGAAUGAAAGAAUACCGGGUCCAAGAUGGAAAAAUCUUCAUUCCCUUGAGCAUCACUGUACAAGGAGAUGUGGUUGUUUCCAUGUAUCAUUUGAGGUCAACCAUUGGGAGCCGGCUACAGGCUAAGGUGACCAACACCCAGAUAUUCCAGCUUCAGUUUCAUACUGGAUUCAUACCACUGGAAACCACAGUUUUAAAGUUCACCAAACCUGAGUUGGAUGCAUGUGAUGUACCAGAAAAAUAUCCUCAGCUAUUUCAGGUGACUCUGGAUGUAGAACUACAGCCCCACGACAAAGUGAUAGACUUAACCCCACCAUGGGAACAUUACUGCACAAAAGAUGUCAAUCCUAGCAUCCUCUUCUCGUCUCACCAGGAGCAUCAGGAUACUCUGGUCUUAGGAGGACAGGCUCCAAUAGACAUCCCUCCAGACAACCCCAGGCAUUUUGGGCAAGGUGGCUUCUUUUCCUCUCUCUGUUGGCAAGAUCAGAAAUCAGAAAAAUCAUUCUGUGAGGAGGACCAUGCUGCCCUAGUGAAUCCAGAAAGUGAGCAGUCGGAUGAUGAACUUCUGACCCUUUCCAGUCCACACGGCAACGUGAGUGGUGACAAACAUCAUGGAGCUAAAAAGCCCAGCAAAAAGCAGCAGGGGUCCGCUGCUCCUCCACCCCCCGAGGAUGUGGACCUUCUGGGCCUAGAAGGGUCUGCAGUGAGUAAGAACUUCUCUCCGCCAGUGGCACCUCCCACCAAUUCUGAACUACUGAGUGACCUGUUUGGGGGUGGAGGUGCAGCUGGGCCUGCCCAGCCUGGCCAGUCAGGGGUAGAAGACAUGUUUCAUCCAAGUGGACCUGCGUCCGCCCAGUCGACACCACGCCGAUCUGCCACCUCCACGUCUGCGUCUCCAACCCUAAGAGUGGGAGAAGGUGCCGCCUUUGACCCGUUUGGAGCACCUUCUAAACCAUCAGGUCAGGAUUUGCUGGGUUCUUUUCUGACCACGUCCAGUGCUUCCAGUGACCCCUUUCUUCAGCCUACAAGAAGUCCUUCACCUACAGUGCAUGCUUCUAGUACACCUGCUGUGAACAUUCAGCCAGAUGUUUCAGGAGGUUGGGAUUGGCAUACCAAACCAGGAAGUUUUGGAGUGGGAAGCAAGUCAGCUGCCACCAGCCCAACGGGAUCCUCGCAUGGCACACCCACCCAUCAAAACAAACCACAGACUCUGGAUCCUUUUGCUGACCUUGGGACACUAGGUAGUUCUUCAUUUGCCAGCAAACCCACCACGCCAACUGGAUUGGGUGGAGGAUUUCCACCUCUCAGCUCGCCGCAGAAAGCAUCUCCCCAGCCCAUGGGGGGAGGGUGGCAGCAGGGAGGUGGCUAUAGCUGGCAGCAGACACAGUCUAAGCCACAGACCGGCAUUCCCCACUCGUCUCCCCAGAACCGACCCAACUACAACGUGAGCUUCUCAGCCAUGCCUGGGGGGCAGAGCGAUCGUGGGAAAGGAUCAGCUAAUUUGGAAGGGAAACAAAAAGCAGCUGACUUUGAAGACCUACUUUCUGGUCAAGGUUUCAAUGCACACAAAGACAAAAAGGGGCCUCGAACAAUAGCUGAGAUGAGAAAGGAGGAAAUGGCUAAGGAAAUGGAUCCUGAGAAAUUAAAGAUUCUGGAAUGGAUUGAAGGCAAAGAGAGGAAUAUCAGAGCACUUCUGUCCACGAUGCACACUGUGCUGUGGGCUGGGGAGACCAAGUGGAAACCAGUUGGCAUGGCAGACCUGGUAACACCUGAGCAGGUGAAAAAGGUGUACAGGAAGGCUGUGCUGGUGGUGCACCCAGAUAAAGCUACCGGGCAACCUUAUGAACAAUAUGCAAAGAUGAUUUUCAUGGAGCUCAAUGAUGCCUGGUCUGAAUUUGAAAAUCAAGGUCAAAAGCCCUUAUAUUAA